AUGAAACUAGAAACAACGUUACCUAAGUCAGUAACGGACUGGCACGUUGACACACGUGGAGGUCGAAAACGGCCAAGUACAAAUAAAACACAACGAGCGGAAAACGCGCGUAUACAAAUCGGCGUGUCGACGGACAGAUCCGGACACAACAUCAACGACAAAAGGCGGCGCGGGUACGAAAAACGACAAUUCGACCUGCCAAGCACGGACGUGCGGAGAGAACAAAUUGACGAUCGUAGCCCGCGGCUGGCAGCGCGAUCACGUGUGGGUGAGAGGGACGGGGUUCAUCGUCGCGAAUGUUCGACACCCGACGCGACGCCCCGCGGAGCAAAAGCACCGUUGCACAAACAUUAA